AAAAACAAAGUGCAUUUCAUUUUUAGAAAGAAAAUUUCAGCUAAGACAAAAAAUCUGUAAGCUCUAGUCAUAGUUGUUAAAUGAACAAAUAAAAAACGGUUCAAUUAUAUCACAAAGAUAUAAAGUUGUUAAAUGCUACCAAUAAAUAAAUAAAAAACGAUUCAAUUAUAUCAUAAAGAUAUAAAGAACGGACGCAAAAAAAGCAUCAAAUUGCCUAUAGAAUACAGCUGAUUCGUUUUACAAACGACAGUUAACUUGAUGCAUUUAUAAAAUAAGGGGCAAAAAAAGAAGUCGUUAUCAUCUGAAGUUACCUUUAUGGUCCUUGAAUUUUCAAUCAAAGCAAUCACCAGAUAUUUUUAUAUAUAUUUCAUAGCAACAAAGUUGCACUGUUUUUAUUAAAUAACUUUCAUUAAUCAAAAGACAUGAUAACAUUAAGAGCAAUCGGUCGUAAUUCUAAAGGUGCAAAAUUGCGCACAAUAUUUCGUCUGGCUAUCUCGCAGCGACAGCUCUCAUCAUCAUCAGCUACUAAUACUAACACGACAAAUGACGACAGCAGUAAAGAUGAAAACAAAAAUAUUACGAAAUGUAUAUCUGAUGCUGAAAUAAAGAAAUCCGUGUUCAUUUCUCAAUCAUACGAUAUUUUCACCAAUCUUGCUUUGGAAGAUUGGCUGUAUCGAAACUUUGAUUUUAGACAUCAUCAUGUAUUACUGUUGUGGGCUAACGAGCCAUGUGUUGUAAUUGGUCGGCACCAGAAUCCUUUUCUGGAAACUAACGUAUCAAAAAUUAUGGGUAAUGGGAUUAUAUUGGCUCGGCGAAGUAGCGGAGGUGGUGCGGUAUUUCACGACCGCGGUAACCUUAAUUGUACAUUUUUCACGCCCCGAGAACGCUAUAACCGCAAGUAUAAUUUAAAUAUAUUAACUCGUGCAUUAUUUCGUGAGUGGGCUAUUAAAGCGGACAUAAAUAAGCGUGACGAUAUUGUCAUCAACGAGAAAAAGAUUUCUGGGACAGCAGCUAAGCUCGGACAUCCGAAUGCUUAUCAUCACUGCACAUUAUUGGUGAAUGCAAACAAAACCCAUUUAGGAGAUUCUCUUGUUAGAGAAGAGGCAACUUAUAUAGGCAAAGCCACGGCUUCGAAAAAGUCUGCCAUUAAAAAUUUAUGUGAUGUUAAUAGCACCGUAAAUAUAGCGCAGCUACUGUCGGCAAUUGGUUAUGAAUUUUUACGCACUUCAGCCACAGAACUGGAAGAUGGCGGCAAUAUUCAGACCAUGAAACAGAGGGGAUUUCAACUCAUAAAUCCAACAGAAAAGUGGUUUCCAGGAAUUGAUGUUUUGCGUCAUGAAUUUAGUUCUUGGGAAUGGAUCGUUGGAAAAACGCCUACCUUUAGCGUUGAAAAAGAAUUAGCUCUGAAGACGGACGGCGAUAAACAGUUAAUAAUGAAAUUAAGUGUCGGCGUCGAAAAAGGUUUAAUGGCCGAUAUCAACAUUGUGAUGCCUAAUGGGGAUAGAUUGCCGGUUAUAACCCAAUUCCAAAACAAAAGCUUUAAUGAGAAAAAUUUGAACAAUAUAGUUGGCGCUCUUAAGUUGGCUUCGACGGACAAUGUUAAACAAGCUAUUAAUGGCUUAUAAGGGCUAUGUCUAAAUUAUACUUUCCACAGCUUUAUGUUUGUUUAUUUUUACGACAAUUUGCGAAAAAUAAAGAUGCAAUGUCUUCAUUUACUUUUUUUUUUAA